AUGUUUGCUUUCAUGAAGCUAAAACACUUUGAAGAGGCCAAAAAGAAGACUGAGCAUUUCCACAGACGUGCACAGCAGCAGUUUCUGAAAGAACAGGACAGGAAGAUGGAGCGGUGGAAGAAGGCUUCCCAAAAGUUUGAAAAAUCCCUGGCAGUGUUCAGUCGCAAGGGCGGGAAGACCUCAAAACACUCAACUCACAAGUGCUCAACUGAACCUAUUACAGCACAGGAUCCAGCUGUGCACCAAGUGUCAUCUCAGGACGUGGAGCAAAGAAACAAGCCCCUGGUGAAGGGCACAGCAGCUUCACAGACAGCAAUGAUCACAGCAAAGGACAUGAAGAUGUUGGAGGCAGGUCAGAUAAAAACUGACAGCCUGGAGAUGAAAAGAAUCUCAACUGUCUUGGAUAAAAUGAUUGACAAGCUGGAGCUGAGCGGUUUGAUCCCAAGAAUUAUUGCCUCUCUGGAUAGCUUUGCUGGUAUUCUGGGACCUGAGAUGACACACAAGCUGACUGAGCACCAGAAGCUUUCAAAGGAAGUGGAGCAGCUGCUUGCCAGCUCUGGAGAAAGGGACACCGUGAGAGCUGAGCAGGAUCCAGGCUGUCUCUGCUCACUAGAGCAACAGCUGAAAUGUUCUCUUAGAAACAUCCUGAGGCUCCUGCUGGUCAAACCUUCGCUUUGCCAGGCUCUGAAACACCAAAUUUUGGUGGGAGAGUCACCAGCUGAAGUAUUUACCAAAGCCUUUGGGGAGUUCAGGAAUUUCAUGCUUGAGAAACUCCUGACUAGUCCUGUGGAAGAGGAAGAAAAGAUUGGAUUAGAGGAAGACAUCUCCCUCCGGAUUAAGGACAACACUGAAGCAAUUACAGCUUUACAGGCUGAGCUGGCAGCAGCAAUCCAGACUCGAGAUGAGGAGAUUUACAAGAAGGACAAUGUGAUCAAGGAGCUCAAAACAAGUGUGCAGGAUCUGCCCAAAGACUGCAAGACCAGCAUCCAGCAGAUGGAGCAGGAAGGAGAAAAACCACAGGAAGAGGAGCUGCAAGCCUCCCGGGCCCGGCGUGCCAGGCUGCAGGAGGAGGUGCAGCAGCUGGCAGCACAACUCCGUGCACUUGAACAGGAGCAUUGGUCAUCAGAGCUGACUCUCAGAAAGAGGAAGAGCAGAAUGGAGACGGAAAUUGCGAACUGGAUCCAGAAAUAUCACACGGACUUGGAAGAAAAACAGGCCGAGUAUGAUGAGAUUCAAGCUGCCUACGUUGAGGAGCAGGCCCAGCUGGCCCUGCUGACAGAGAAACACGCUGUGCUUCUCCAGGAGUAUUCCCAGAUUGAGGAGGAGCGUAGGCUACUUCAGGAAAAGAAGGACCAGGCUUUGCAGGAGUUGAAAACUAUGACUCUUGCUGCCACCCACAUCCAGGCCUUCUGGAGAGGCUACUUCAUCCGGACCCUCCUCAAGUCAAAAAAGAAGAAGAAGGGCAAGGGCAAGGGCAAGAAGGGCAAGAAAUAAACCACAAAACGUAUUUUCUUUCCUCCUGGCAAAGCUGCUGAUUCUGCUGGGCCUGAGCUCUUCCAGAGAAAGGCAUUAGAUUUGAGAAAGCACUUGCAUUAAGGCCUCCCGGGCUGCAGCUGCCUCUCACAGUUGGAGUCUAUUGAGGGAGCAGCAUGAAGAUGUCUCACCAUUUCAGGUUUGACUUUGCUACUCCUGCAAGGAGGAUCAUGCCUCCUGAUGAAGGGACUGGGCCUGGAGUGCAGGAUCCUGCCUCCUCUCCUUGCCUUCACUCUCCUUGUUUGUGUGUCAGGGCCCCGUUCUGUUCUCAUUGAAGUUGGCAAUAAAAUAACUCC